GUUGUUACAUCGUAUUUAACGAUUACGAUAAUCACAAAACCAGAAAAAGGAAAGAAAAAAAAGUAACUGCAAAGACGCGUUUUACUUAAAAACACACACACACACUAUCUUCCCCUCCUUUAACAUCAUCUCUCAACCCAUCUCUAUCGCUUCUCUCCCGAUCUAAGCUUCGCACUCUCCUCUACGUCUCCUAACAAUGAGUCAGUACAAUCAACCUCCCGUCGGCGUUCCUCCUCCUCAAGGUUAUCCACCGGAGGGAUACCCGAAGGAUGCGUAUCCACCGCAGGGCUAUCCUCCUCAGGGCUAUCCUCCGCAGGGGUAUCCUCAGCAAGGUUAUCCUCCUCCUUACGCGCCGCAGUAUCCUCCGCCGCCGCAGCAUCAGCAGCAGCAACAGGGCAGCCCUGGGUUUCUAGAAGGAUGUCUUGCAGCUCUCUGCUGUUGCUGUCUCUUGGAUGCUUGCUUCUGAUUCAGAGCUGCUGAUUUGAUUGCAAGAGAGUGUUUUGGCAACUUAAUUAAGUAAUGGGGCAUUUAUGAUGAAUUGCUGGAUACAUUCUCUUGUCUAUUCUCUUUCGGUUAUAUGUUCUUAGAUUCAUAAAAAACUAUUAUUCUCUGGCUUGGUUUGGAUUUGAGACUUGAAUGGGAAUGUAAAUUUGUGGGGGAGACGUUACUCCUUUGCCUCA